AUGGAGCAACUCAAAAGCGCGGCCGAGCACACCAAGGUUGUCGUCAAGUUACCAACAAAAUGGAUCAGCAUGUACGGCGACUUCAUCACCAAGAACGCCGGCGCCGUCGGCCAGGUCGAGGGCGCUCUGCGCUCGUUGACGUAUCUCGUGCCUGGUGGGUGAUGCAGGAGUAGUUGCACUUGAAGAUUCAAUUCUAACAAUUUCACAGGAGGAUUGAAGAUGUCUGACAUAUCCACCGAAUCGCUGAACUCCGGCGUACAGAUGCUGUCGCUUUAUCACGAUUCCCUUCUAUCACGAGCGCUAGCGCAGCAAACACGGCCAACGAAGCAUCAAAGUCCUCACAAUCGAUACACGAGAUUUUACUGCCAGAAAAGCUCGACAUACAGACGAACCGCGACAACGCUUCAAGUCAUUCAGUAUGUGGAGUUGCUGUUGGAGAUGAUGGCGAAGAAGCGCGGAGAGAAAGCGAGGUGGAGGCUGGUCAUGGGGUUGGAGGCUUUCAAAGCGAUAUGUCGGCUCAUUCUCAUGAGGUUAACGAACUCUCGACCGCUGCUCACGCCGCCUCUUCCCGAGCGAGAGGUCAUGGAGGAGAAGGAGGCACAGGACGAGGACAUUGCAAGCCCGCCUUCGGAACGAUCAGAGGCCGGGAGCGAGCAGUGGACCAUGCCACGUACUUCUCUGACCCUUCCUCCUCUGCCCAACGCCGACGAUAUAUCCUCAUAUCUGCUGUCCAAGGUGUUGACGGCAGACGAUAUCAAACCACCCAAGGCUCUUCUUCACCGCACAUCAGGGUUUGGCGAAAUCGCAGAAGUGCUUUAUAUCAUCCGACCUGUCAUAUAUGCUGCCGCGAUGGCAUAUUGGAGUCAGCGAGAGGACGGUAAAGGAAAGGCAGACUGGAGGCCAUGGCUGCUCGGCUUGAGCAUAGAGUAUGGCGCUCGACAAUUGGCAAAGCAUGACAUGGAGACGCGAAGGCCGGGCGGUGCACGAGGCCUCACUCAGCUGGAACGCGAGGAGAUGAAGAAACGCGGCUGGUCGCUGGCUUGGUGGGCCAUGCGCGGUGCUUUUUACGAGAAUAUAACAAAAGGCGUGAUCCUUGGUGUUGCCUCGAAAUUGAAGAACAAGCCACUGCUGGACAUGGUUGGCAAUUUUGUGGAGGACUACGACUAUCUCUGGGACCAACUUUACUUUCCUACGGCGACACUAUGA